GACAUGGAGGAUCAGGGCCGGAUGAUACAGUCUCUGAGCGGCGUGAGUCUGACCGGACACUCGGUGCAGCAGGGAGCCGUCGGACUGCCUCUGCCCCACAUCCACGACUGUACAGACGGGGACGGAAGGAACCAAGACAUCGGGAGUAUUCUGCAUCAGAUCAUGACCAUCACUGACCAGAGUCUGGAUGAAGCGCAGGCAAAGAAACAUGGAUUGAACUGCCACCGGAUGAAGCCUGCACUCUUCAGCGUCCUCUGUGAAAUCAAAGAGAAAACAGGUCUGAGUAUCCGUGGAGCCCAGGAAAUCGAGUCUCCAGAUGCCCAGCUGAUGAGGCUGGAUAACAUGCUGCUGGCAGAGGGGGUGGCUGGACCAGAGAAGGGGGGAGGAGCAGCAGUGGCUGCAGCCGCAGCAGCUGCAGCGGGCGGUGUAACUGAUAACUCCAUCGAACACUCUGACUACAGAGCCAAGCUGACACAGAUCAGACAGAUAUAUCACACAGAGCUCGAGAAAUAUGAACAGGCCUGCAAUGAGUUCACCACCCAUGUAAUGAACCUGCUGAGGGAGCAGUCACGGACGCGACCCAUCUCACCCAAAGAGAUCGAGCGCAUGGUGAACAUCAUUCACAGCAAGUUCAGCUCCAUCCAAAUGCAGCUGAAGCAGAGCACCUGUGAGGCCGUCAUGAUCCUGCGCUCCAGGUUCCUGGAUGCUAGGCGGAAAAGACGGAACUUCAGCAAGCAAGCCACAGAAAUCCUGAAUGAAUAUUUUUAUUCACACCUGAGCAACCCAUACCCCAGCGAGGAGGCCAAAGAGGAGCUGGCUAAAAAGUGCAGUAUCAAUGUUUCCCAAGGCGUGGGAAGCACCAUCACAGUGUCACAGGUUUCUAACUGGUUUGGGAACAAGAGAAUCCGGUACAAGAAGAACAUCGGCAAGUUCCAGGAGGAGGCCAAUUUAUAUGCAGCAAAGACAGCAGUGACGGCAGCCCAGGCAGUAGCUGCUGUCCACAACAGUCAGGAUGACUCUCCUACCACACCCAACUCAGGCUUCCAAAUGAAAGAUGAGGACUUCCAACUGGAUGCUGCUGACAGCAAAAACUCCCUGUUGACCAGCAUGUUCUCUGGUUCUCCUGGUUCUUUUAACCUCCCAAACUCAGGGGACAUGUUCAUGAGCAUGCAGAGUGUUAAUGGGGCCUCUUACCUGGGGGCUCCGGUUGGAGCCAAUGUGCAGUCCCAGGGGGAUUCCACACACCAUGUUAUCAGUCAGACAGGAUUCAGUGAUGGCCCCCGACAUCCACUGUACAGUUCACAUGGCCUCAAUGUUAAUGGGAGCUGGCAGGAAGCCUCCAGACCUCCUUCAGUGACUUCCCCUAACGAGGGGCCGGCCAGCGCACACUCAAAUACAGAUACCUCAAACUGA